GUCAGCUCCCUUCCUGACUUGCCCACCCUGCCCCCGGUGCCAUGGCGUCCAGCGAGGAGGACGGCACGGUGGAGGAGAAGGAAAACAACAACAAGAAGAGAACGAAAAGUGCCCUCAUAACCGCAUGGCUCACUUUCUACAACAUCGCCAUGACAGCCGGGUGGCUGGUUCUGGCAAUCACAAUGAUGCGCUUCUACAUCCAAAAAGGCUCCCAUAAAGGUCUCUACAGGAGUAUAGCAAGGACGCUCAAGUUUUUCCAGACCUUCGCAUUAGUUGAGGUGGUACAUUGUGCCGUUGGAAUUGUGAGGACUUCUGUGAUUGUAACUGGGGUUCAAGUAUGUUCAAGGAUUUACAUGGUUUGGUUCAUCACCAGUAGCAUCAGACAGAUCCAGAAUGAAGAAAGCGUAAUCCUGUUCCUGGUCGUAUGGACGGUGACGGAGAUUACCAGAUAUUCUUACUACACAUUCAACCUGCUCCACCACCUGCCGUACUUCAUCAAAUGGGCCAGAUACAACUUCUUCAUCGUUUUGUACCCGCUGGGAGUCGUCGGAGAGCUGUUCACCAUAUACGCCGCUCUGCCAUUCGUACGCAGGUCUGGGAUGUACUCAAUGAGGCUCCCCAAUAAAUAUAACGUGUCCUUCGACUACUACUAUUUCCUCAUCAUCGUCAUGCUGUCCUACAUCCCACUCUUUCCUCAGCUCUACCUGCACAUGCUGCGGCAGCGGAGGAGGGUGCUCCACGGCGAAGUCAUAGUGGAGAAGGAUGACUAGACGCGCACCGCCUCAUCCAUUUGAGCCAGCCUCCUCCCACAUCUCACGUAAAAAAACCCUCCGCACCACCCACUCCACCCCACCCCGCACCACAUCUCACCUUUUCUUUUUGGCUGCCGGCCUUCUUAACCGCCCAGGACCCGAAGAGGAGCUGAUGACCCGCCUGGCGAGCAGCGCCAACGAUGAAAACCGGGAUAAACUCCCAUCUGAAAGGUUAUUUGGCAAGAUGUUUACAGUUCUGGAGUCGUACCUCAGCUCUGAGAGGUCCGGAUUCCUUCCUCCGCCCGUCUCUUUGCACCGAAGAGAAACUGAGCCCACAUCGCUUGCGUCGCGACAUGAACCACGAGAAGACACGUGGAGGGAAGAUUGUACGUUGUGCGCUCUGAAUUGUCCCCCCCCUCGGCCCGACAAAUUGGUUUUAUAAGCAACGUGGCUGCACAGAUCACGGUUUAAAUUAUUUUUUUUAAGUCAAAACCUCAACAAUAAAUAUACAUUUAGACAAAUGUGCUGCUGCUUUUGUGUAUAUUUGUUUUACUUUUUUCGUGUAAAUUAUGCAACGUGAAAUCUUAAGCCACACGCCGUCUCACUUCGAGCAAGCACGGCUCCAACUUAAACUCUGUCCGCUUUUGGCUCAAGCUAGCGCCUUGUUUUAAUACUUUGAUGUUUACCGUGUCCACCAGACUUUCUAGGAGUCUUUUGCAGCAACAAAAGUGUGUGAAACGGCAUUUUUUUUUUUUUUUUAGCUUUCUGUCCGCGCUCUGAGUCGCCGUUCUGCGUCCCGUUUGUGUGUUUUGACUUGUCAAUACUCAUAGGAAGGUAGUUUAUUUUAAAGGUGCUAUUGUUAAGAUCUUUUCAAUCUUCUGUGCAGCUGAAGGAGUGACUGUGAUUGGAGUUGACCCAAAGCAGGAAAGCAGGAUGUGAAAUGACUCGAGAAGAAAUGUCGGUCAAUGACCUGUAUGGACUGUGGUUAAAAUCGAGGAGGAUCAACACUUUUGCUUAUCAUCUGGGUAAAAAAAAACAAAAGAAAAGAGAGAGAAUAAACAGCAAAUGUUAAAUCCAAAUGAAAGAUAUUUCAACAACAACAACAAAAAAAUGUGAAACUAAGUUUUUGUGCAAAACAAAAUAAACUCGAUUCUUCAACAGCGAAGAGAGUUUGUGAUGAACUUCGGCUGAUAUGGGAAGAAAUCAAACAGCU